CGAAACUCUUGACUUCGUAAUACUACGCUCGGAUUCGACACUAGGAUGGUGACAAUAGGGAUUCAUCUGCAUACUACGUCAUUACCGUGGGUAUGCGACAGCUAGUAUCGGGCUUUAAAGUCUUAACACCGAGGAUAUUGGAGCUUUAUCCCCUCAAGACUCUUCGUAUAAGAACCUUGGAUUGCAUGAGGGUAUUUGAGUAUUGCGUCUUCAUUCUAAUAUAAAUUAAUUUACACCCAAACCCAUUUGUAUCAAUAGAAAAUAUCAGAUCAAACGAAACUAUGUCCACGAUAUUCAAGAAAGCCAACACAGCCGUUAUCACAGGCGGCGCAUCCGGGAUCGGUCUCGCGCUGGCGCAGAAGUGCGUCGGCUACGGUAUGCGUGUUCUUGUUGCGGAUUGGGAUGCUAAAGGGUUAGAGGAUGCGGCAAAGAGUCUUGGGUCUGGCGUCAGCACGGCGAGGGUCGACGUUAGUAAGGUUGAGGAUUGGGGGGAGUUAAAAGGGAGGGUGGAGAAGGAGUUUGGUGGCCAGAUCAAUCUCCUAGCCCUAAACGCCGGCAUCGGGGCCCGAACCGCCUUUGAGGGCGCCGAGGCGGAUCCGUCGAUCUUUCGGAAGGUCCUUGAUGUCAAUUUCUUCGGCAUCGUGAAUGGUGUCUCCACAUUCCUUCCUUUUAUCAAGGAAAAGGCAUCAUCCUCUUCGGACUACCAGUCCGCUAUCGUCAUCACGGGUUCUAAGCAGGGUAUCACGAACCCACCGGGCAACCCGGCGUACAACGCUAGUAAAGCGGCUGUUAAGUCGCUAGCUGAACAACUGAGCUACGAUCUGCGCGCGCAGAAGAAUAUCAAUGUGCAUAUUCUUGUCCCCGGAUGGACGUGGACGGCGCUCGCGGGCGCGGCGUCGGGAAGGGCGAAGCCAGAGGCCCCGUGGACACCGGCGCAGGUUGUAGAUUAUCUUGAAGGGAAGAUGAGAGAGGGUAAAUUCUGGGUCCUGUGUCCGGAUAACGAUGUAGAUGAGGUGACAGAUAAGAAGAGAAUGUUGUGGAGUGCUGGUGAUGCGGUGGAGGGGAGAGCGCCGUUGAGUCGCUGGAGGGACGAAUUUAAGGGGGAGUUUGCGAAGUGGAUGGAGAAGGAUUUGUGAGAUGGAACUAUAAGGCUUGCCUUAGGCUUCUAUACCAUGAUUAUGUUAUGAUGGUACGUCGGGCUUAAUAUAUGGAGGGCUAGAUAUAAGGGCUAUCACGUCUCACGAGUUAGCAUACUAGCUACGGAUACGAAUGGGAUUUAUCGUAAUCAGAUUUCCAUUGCGAAGUUAGCUCUUCGUGCUGUCAUGACCUAAACGCCUAACUA